GCCACGGUUUAUGAUCUCCUCGCCAUUCCGAAAUUCAUGUUUCCGGAAUGCAGCACGAAGCACGGAGAUGUUCCGUCCAAGAAGUGACUGUUGGACUGCAAGUUCACUUCCGUCUGUUCGCCGUAACGUGGUUUCGUCGGGCCUCUUUACACUAACGAUCGCCAAGCGUGGAGAGCGUUGCAUGUCUACUCAGGGCCCUGCAGAGGCUGAAACGCCGCUUCAAAUGGAGGUUGCCGCUGCGACAGAAGCAAGUCAGCCAACUGAGCCUACAGCGUCGUCUUCGGCAAGUCAAAAUGUUAAUAUCAAGGUGGAAAAUACAGUAAAAGCGUCGAAGGCGCGUUCGCCGCCGCUUUUCUUGAGCAAUCUUCCGACACACAUUCUACCGCAAAUUCUAUGGACAAGGCUUGAGAUCUUUGGGUCAAUUGAAAGGUUGUGGAUAGAACGCACGGCCACUGGCGAGCCUACUGGAGAGGCGACGGUUAUAUAUGUGGAUGACGAACUGCCCGAUCGGAUUGUGCGCCUUCAGCAGUCCAUACCAAUCUUUUUAGAGGGCCAUGCGAUCUCGGCAUCGUUCCGCAACGGUUUGAUCAAGCCGUUUGGUGACAAUUGGGUGCUUGUGUACAAUUUACCAGAACAUAUCACGGAGGAAGAUGUCCAAAGGGCCUUUGCGAGGUUCAGCCCUUUGAGAAUUCGUUUUAAACGUUCUCCUGAGCGUGUAGUCUUGAGAACAGCUGUCCGCUUCGAAAGCAAGCAGCAGGCGAACAAAGUAGUCGAAGAAUGUGCUCGUAAUCCCCUUACCAUUUCAGACAGACGACUCUGCGUUCUGCACAAUGGUGUGUUUGUAACGAAUUCCGCUGCUGGCCAUUGGCUGCUAGUGCGGGAUCUCCCAGAUUCGGCGAACUCAGAGGAUUUGGACGGACCAAUCCCCUGAGGCUUCACAGGUUGUCAUACGUGAGCCUAGCGAGGUGCAUCCGAGACGCAGCGCAUUUAUCCGGAUCAACAAGAUGUCUGUCGUCCUGCAAAUAGUGGGAAAAGCAAACUCCGAAUCGAUAUUGUUCAACGGCGCGCCUUUGCGAGUACAAUCGUUGAUUUCUGGGUUCAACGACCGGGUCUCGUCGAGAUUGUCGGUCACGAUUCCUCCGGCCGGGAGCGGCGAGGGCAUUGGUGUCAGGCUGUGAAGAUUGUGGGGAUAUCUCAGGCGGACAAGUGAUUCACUCGGAUUCUCUGGCAUGAGAUGCGGUCCUGGAAUAUCAUGCGCUGAAACAGCUCUAAGGAGGGAUUUUCUGUUUCGAUAAGGAGCUGAAGUACAGGCG